UCAUUUUGGCGGAGUAUUGUUGUCUUAUUACAGCCCUUUGAAACCAGAGCUGUAUCUACAAUGAUGUUGCUUAACAUAUCAAAGCCUGCUGAUUAAGCCCUGCAUUCAUUUCAAGUGUUCACCUGACCCGGAGAGCAUAAAUUGGUCAAUUUUUUCCCCUCCUCUCCUAAGCAACACAUGUUGCAGAUGAGUGUUUGUGUUGUGUGCAGAUGCUGUGGCUUCUAUCACAGGGCAGUAUUAUAUCUCAGAGGUGUGGAUGGUUGUUUAUCUUCUCUUUAGUCUGCAGAGGUUUAUCUGAUCAAACUGAAGAACAGUGUGUGAAGCAGUGUAGCCAGUGUAUAGUCAGGCAGCCGGUGCUAUGGCAAGUGCAAAUGUAGAGAAACAGCGGCCUCGUAGCCGCCGGUGGAGAAAGAGUAGAGAACGUCUUUCAUGCAAGCUGUUCUGCUGCUCCUGUUUGCAAGGUGAGAAGGAUCCUUUGCAGGAGCAGGAAAAGAAGAUUAAUGGGGGUCCUCAGCAUCCACACUUGGAUCAACGGGGAUCAGGUGAGAAGGAGCCUAUCCAUAUUACAGUUGAGGAUCUGGGGAUAGUUAACAGCAGCUUCAGCCUGUUCGAGGAAGACCCCCUGGCCUCAAGGAACAGCAUGGCCCGCUCAGCCAGCUCUGUGUAUGCCUGCACGAGGGCUCUGAAAAAGAAACGACUGACUCCUUUGUCUUCACCCCCUGUACAUCCCCACACCACUUCUACCAGUAGAGAAGAUGAUGAAGAAGAGGAGGAAGACCUGUUGCUGUUUGAGAGUGGCACUGAUAGCACGCCAGCUUCUGGAAGCCUCCUGACACCACCUGUCAUUAAUCUGAUCCCACCCACUCCUUCUGACGUUGUUGUCAAUGAUUGGUUCUUUGACAUUAAUUCAGAGGAAAGUGUGGCACAUACAUCUGGCAGUGAUGGAAGCUUUGCUGGUGGUGACCAGGAGAGUUAUGAGGAAAAGCUGGAGAGUGUGGAGGCAGAGGAGUCAACAGAGGAAUUCACAUUGACUGAGAAUAAGGUCAGUGCUGAUAGUGAAGCUGAGCCUGAGGAGGACCUAAGUGAUCAGUUUGGAGAAGAAAGAGAGGCUGUGCCAACCAAAGGGGGAGAUAAAGAGAAAACAAAGCCCAGGUUCUUACAUAGCACCUACCAUGUGGCUCCUUUCCCUGAAUACCCUCAGAAAAAUGACCUGAGCAACAGAGAUGUGAGCUGCUCCGACAUGCUGAUGGCUGAUCUUUGUCGGCUUCCUCAAGCCGACAACAUGGACACAUUUACUCACCAACGGGACGUGGAUGGGCAAGUGGCCAAGUCUCUUGGGGAGUUGAACACAGAUGAAGUCUGCCAGUGGUUUACCAAUAUUGGACUGCAGAAAUGUCUCCCUUUCAUCAGAGAAGCAAAACUGUGUGGCGCAGACAUAGCUUCAGUGAAUGUGAAUACUCUGGACGUUCUCCAUAUCGACAAACUGAAAGAUAAGGAGCAGCUACUGUCGGCCAUUUAUAAUGAGCUGCACCCUCCCAGCACCAUCACCCAGCGACUAGACUCUCUGCUUGAAUCCUUGGCCCCUAAUAAUGUUGAGACAUUCACUGCAACAUUAGUGUCAAUGAGCAAGUCCAAGUCCUCUCCUCAUGUGAGCUGCCUGAGUAUGAAUCGGCGUUCCCUCAAGCUCAGAAACAACAGCCAAAACUACACGGCACAGAGGAAUUCUCAACUGAUAGAGAUUACGAUUAAUGCGUCAGAGCGGAUAGUUCAUCUCAGAACCCCAAAGGAAACAACAGUGGGAAAAAUCAUAGAUUCAUGUAUCAAAAUGUUGGGAAUGACAGAAGAUAAGAGCCUCUUGAAACUGAAAGAAAAGCAAGGUUCAUCAGAGGACCUCCCACUAGAUCAGCAGAUUGGGAGUCUACUAACCUCGACAUCAGAGAAAAGACAAUUGGAGCUGCACUUGUGCAAAGUGGAGAAGUCCUCAGGUACUGCUUCACAAAAUAAUCCAGAAGUCAACAGAUCUAAUGAGAACAGCAACAUCAACAAAAAUGUCCAGGUGAACCAGCCAGCUAAAGAAGAGAGGAUCAGGGAGCUAAACCAACAGGUGGACUCGCUAAAAAAUGUCAUCCUUCAGGUCCAGGAGCUCCACCAUGGCCUGGUAGCAUUUUGCUCAGAGUUAAAGAACAUGGAUGGAGAUGGGAAUGUAGACAAGCUUGGCUCUGCUGAGCUGAAGCAGAGGCUGGAGUUGGUUAAAAGCCGACUGAACGACAAGAGGCAGAGCCUGCAGACUCUCAGAGACAACAUUAACAACUCCACUGCUCACAAGAAGAAACCAUUAGACGUUUGUCUCUUGGAAAAGAUGAAGCUGAACUGCCAAGUGUUUAAGGAGGAGAUUUCCAUGGUACAUCUCAACCGACAGGUGGCUCACCUCGAAAAUGCUUUGCAAGGAAGCUAUGUUAAGGAGAAAGUUCGGAAAAAGAGUUUGGCCAUUGGUAGCCUGAGCCAGCUGCUGUCGCCACAGUCUCCGGCCAUGCUGCUGGUUGUGCAGGAGAACCACAACCCUGAUGGCCAUUAUGACUUUACAUGUCGCUACAAAGAAGGCCGCGGACUAGUGGUGGUCAAGGUGGACAACUCUCACCUCUGUGUGGAUGACAGACUGGUGGAGGUGAAUGGUGUACCGGUGGUCAACUCUACACAAGAAGAGCUGACUGACAUCCUGCUGCAGGGACCCAGCGCUCAAAUUGUUGUCCUUCGCCAGCCCCCGCCCACCCUCAACUCCCAGCAGCACCCCCUGCUUCCACAGCACAUGGUCAACCCUGAUCCCAUGCAAACAAUCUGCCCAAAAAGGGAUGUGGUCACCAUGGAAACCCCUCCACGACGGAAGGUGAUGGCCAUCUGAUGAUACGAGGGAGAGAGACAACUACAGAGACUGAGAGAAAGUGGUGAUGAGGAUGAAGAAAAGUGUUUCUCACUUUUUUAAAUUGAUGUCUGUCUGUAGAAUGACCCAUAAUGUGAAAUGCCAUGUCAUCUUUUGUUUGCUAGUUAUUUACCUCCAUAUGUGAGUGUUUAUUGUAUUGGUAAAAUGUUCUUUAUAGAUAGUUGCCAAAUGUCUUUUAGUUAUGAAUGUCAAAUAGUAAUAUGUUUUUAUUUGACUUUUUUUUCUUUUUAAAGCUUCAUAUGUACAUAACUUUGUUCUUAGUAGAUAGUAAUGUAUAAUCCAUAUUGUUUCAAUGUAUUCGCAGAACAAUGCCUAUGAAAAACAUAUUUCUGGAAAAGAACACAAACACUUUUUUCUAUUUGGAUCUCUUCUUGUUUUACAUCAUAUUUGUGGCAUGAGGGAAAAUGAAAAGUAAAAAGAAGAAAUACAGAGGCAGAUAGAGCUUUGCUCCACUGGAUAUGUGAUAAGUAUAUCUUUUUUUUUAAGCAUCCAGCAGAGUAAUUCCUGAGGGUGCAACAAUGUAAGCCUGAUUAGGACUCAGCAUGCUUCACCUUUUUAAAGUACAGAUAAAACUGAAUAGAGUCAGAAAAUAUGUGACGUAAUGUAAAGAAAUGUCUGAAAGCUUUAUAUCCUGUCUGCAAGCUUUCUCUUUGUAGAUUAGACACUAAGAUGGUCUGGAAGAGUGUUCAGAGCAGAAGAUUUCUUAAAAAAUGAGUCACGUCUCCCCUUUGUAUGUUGUAAUGUAAUCCACUGUGCUGAAGGAAUAAACCCCUGGGCCCGGAAA